AUGCCCGCUUUGCCCUCGCCUUUCGCCAAAGGGGGAUGCAUUGUGUCAGCGCCAGUGGGGCCGGCCGGUUCCGCAGGGCCGGUGAAGUCGUCUUCGGGAAAGCUUGAGUCACUCAGGCUUGCUGAAGUGAAGAUUCCGAGUGUGCCGGGACAAAGCUGGGAUCAGAAACUCUCUGAGGCGAGGGAAGCAGCUUUGGCAAAGUGGCUAGGGAUUCUUGAAAGGUUCCCCGACGAUUUCGGUCUUUCUUUGUCGAUUCGGCUAGAUAAGGAGAACGGGCGAGACUCUGACUUGAAGUCGUCUUUGCAAGAUGUGUUUUCCCAAAAGGCGAGUGUCACGAUCUCAGGCCGUGCUGGGCCCCUUGCCAGGUACAUCAAGCACUGCCGAAGUUGCCAGGUUGUUCCUUUCCCUGUCACUGAAGCAGGGAUCUAUGCUUUCCUACAGGAUUAUGCAUCUCACGAGGCGCCCACUUUCGCCAGGAGUUUCUUGAGCAGCCUUGCUUUUGCAAAGUUCACUGUGAGCUUGAAAGUGAGUGAUGAAGUCUUCAGCCCCAGGGUCCGUGGGCUGUCGUCGAAGCUGUAUCUUGAAAAGAGGAAGACUCGGCAGAAGCCGUCGCUCAAAGUUGAUCAUGUGCGGAAACUGGAGGCCAUCGCUUCCGGCUCGAUCGUGCUAGAGCCUUCAGACCGGGUCGCUGCUGGCUUCUUCGUGUGGACCUUGUAUGCACGAGCGAGGUACUCGGAUGCCCAAGCUGCAGGUGCAAUGACUUGUGACUUAAGCGACACGCCGGACGGCACAGUCGGAUACCUGGAGUCCGCUGUUGAGCGAAGCAAGACUUCGUUCUCUCUGGAAAGAAAGGUCAGGUAUUUGCACAUGUUUGCUCCCAUCCAAGGUAUAGGUGAGGUGCCCUGGGGUGUCAAGUGGUUUGAGUUCUAUAAGGAGCAUGGGCCUCCUUUGGGGUCGGGCAAGCCCUUGCUUCCGAGCCCGCUCUCUGGCGGAGGGUGGCAAACAUCGCCGCUGGCGGUGGCGAGUGCCACGAAAUGGAUGAAGUCACUCUUGAUCCGUGCGGGUUGCGACAGGUCUUCCGUUGAACCGCUUGGGACGCAUAGUCUCAAGGCAACGACCUUGAGUUGGAGCGCCAAAUUCGGACUAUCCCGUGAGGUGAGAGCGGCCCUAGGCUACCACGCCAGGGGCCGUGAUGGGACCGAGCUCAUCUAUGGGAGAGACAACAUGUCUGCUCCUGUGCGCCAGCUGCAAGGGGUUCUGCUCGAGGUGUCGCGCGAAAGGUUCAUGCCGGACGCCACCAGGUCCGGUUACUUCGUGAAGCGCUUUGAAGAUCCAGAGGGGAUGCCCAUUCCUCCUGAGGAGGUCUUGUCGGAAUCUUCUUCCGAGGCCAGCGAGGAUGCCGAGGAUGUCGAUCAUGUAGCUGCGGAGGCGGCCACCGACGAAUUGGGAACAGAGACAGCCGUUUCAUCCAUGCUGUCGCAUCCGAAGAAGGCGACAAGUUCAGAUGCGGAAGAAGCAUAUCGACCAGGCCACGAGGUGCGGAUUCGAGAGUGUUCUGAGGACUUUCAGCAAUUUGUAGGAGUUUCACUAGCUCGGUUCCUGCUCCUGACGAUGGCUAACUACUCUGAGAGUCAAUCGGUUCUGCAGUCGCGAUUGAGUGUCGUGGGUUUCGCAGAAGAUGACGUUCAGAAAAUCCUGCCAGAGGGGCCGCUGAUGCAGGUGUUGAAAGACAUUCUGAAGCGAGACUUGACAAUUGCAGACAAGGCUAAUUGGCGUGCGGUUUACAAUGAAGCUUUUGCCAUUGUGACCGCGGAAAUGAAGCAGAGGAUUGAGAAGGCCGACCCAGAGUCGACCGUCAGGCCUUUGUCUCAGCCUGAGAGGUCUGAGAGGUACGAGCGGCAGGCCAAGAAGCUUGUCGGGAUUUCACUGAAAGGGCCUCUGGAGCCUGCCGAUGCACUUGUUGAUCUUGCUGUGGCUUCCUAUGAGGCAAAUGAGCUGAGGUACAUUCCGUGGGACCGGUGUGUGUCCAAGGAAGCUGAACUGGCUGGCGAGAAGAAACGCGAUGUCAGGUUCACUGUUGAGGAGUCUUCGGGAAAGCUUCGGAUCGAGCACAAACAGCCUGAUCUGGUUGCGGAUACUUCAUCGGAGAUUCUUGUUCAGCAGGCUCUCACCAGGAGAGCUUUGGCCAUGGAUCAGGCGAACCUGAUCGAGUUCAGUGUUGCUGAUAAGUGGACUCAACGCUUGAUGAAGGCCCGCAUGCAAGCGCCUGCGGAGCAUUUUGCCAGGCCCACUUGGAAGCAACUUGAGUCGGCAGAUCGGCAGCUGUUUGCCGAGCUUCGUGAUAAGACCAGGGCAGGAGUGCAGACUGUCGCAUCGGGUCGCCCGUUGGACACACUUCUGCCAGAUGCGAUGUACAUGAACGAAGUGUCAUGUUUAUUGCAACCUUUUCCGGCCCCUGCCCUAAAAGAUGUUCCCCAGAAGCCGGAUGCUCCCAAGUGGGAGAGGCCUUCUCCUUACAACAAAGGUGGAGGCAAAGGAAAGAAAGGUAAGCAGAGGUUCAUGACAAGGUUGCCCGCCGGCCUGGAGGGCUGCAGGUCUCACACCAAUCGUGGUGACCCAAUCUGUUUUGCAUUCAAUCUGGGAGGCUGCCCUACCAAAGGGCAGAAGUGCGAGAAAGGCCUGCACAUUUGCGCAGGUGCGUCGCUGAUGGCCGGUGCUCCAGAGAGUGUGCAUCAGCCGGCAGCGGGAGCCUCACAGGUGGAUGAUCUCCUAGAGGGAGUUCAUCGGCCGAGCAAUGCAUGCGCCGGCGGCUCUCCUCCGAGUGGUGUGGAGUGUCGUCUGCAGUCAGGUGUUGAUCGAGAGGAUCAUCACAUGCACAACGUUGGCUCUCACAGUGCCAUCUCCAGGCCAUCACCAGGUGUGGUGGAGGCCGCACGCAGCAGGUCCCCGAGGCCCCGUGAUGGGGCACAGUCGCAGAGAGGUUCUUCACAUGACGAGGGCCAUGUGAGUGCCGCCGAUGUUCUGCGGGUUUUCGAUGGUCUUCCUUCGGAUGCCUUGAAGAGGGGUGCCGAUGCACCUCUCCCAACUUCGAAAUCUUAUGCCACGGGAGCGUAUGUUCUUGGUGGUAAUGUAGGCCUGAAGGCCAAUGCCUCAGCCAACCCGGAGGCGCUCAAAGUCUUUGCAAGGUUUGUGAGACAGCGUGCUCCGGGGUUUAAGUUUUCUUCGAUAAAUAUAUUUGAGGAUGUUCGCACUGAGCGCCAUCGAGAUCAGUGGAAUGCCAACUUGCAUAACUUGGCGAUUGCACUGACUGACUUCUCAGGUGGAGCUAUCUUUGUGGAGCAUGAAAACGGUCGAGACGUAUCCGACCUUAAUGGUGCACGAGGCUCUCGCUUGCAGGUUGCUAAGGGCCCUGUCCGAUUCAAUGCCAGACACAAUUGGCACUACACCGAGGCGUGGCAGGGCCGUAGAGUCUUGCUGGUUGCAUUCACCAUCCGUCAUGUUGAAUCGCUGUGCAAGGAACAUCUUGACUUUCUCCGCGAGUGUCAUGUUGAUGUUCCGAAAUGCGCGCCCGAGGGCGCGCGGUUGGCGCCUGCUGAAGCGUGUGCUCGUCAGCCGCCAUCCUUGACCUCCCCCGUAGCUCAGGAGUCGCUUAGGCCCUUGCCCGCUUCGGUUGUCCCCGCCGUUGACCCUAAGGAACCUGUGAGCGACCCUGCUAGUCCCUUGAAGCCCGGUUCUGCUCUCUAUGUCGAGAUAAAGUGUGGGUCCGGAUUGCUGCCGGCUCGGGUGCGGCGGGACGGAUUUCAAAUCAUAGCGCUUGAACAUUCUCGCCCCGCUGGGCGAGUGCACACUCACCUUGUCCCGGUGGACAUUGAAACGGAGUCGGGUUUCUCCUUUGUGCAGACUGUCAUCAGCCACGAUGCCCCUUUUCACGUGCAUUUCUUUCCUGCGACCAAGGAUUGUUUCAAGGCUACUUUUUGCGCCGGGCAAACCAUUCGCAUCGCCAAACUCUUGCUUGCAUCUGAUUCGCAUUGGAGUGUCUUGCAUCCCCUGGCGUCAGUCCUGUGGAAACAGCUCGACUUGCCCGACAACCUCCAUUGCGUGGACUUCUGUGCAGGUUGCUACGGGGCUCCCAGUCCUGUCAAAAUGCGUCUGUGCACAACCCAGGCCGCGCUGGCUGGCAUGCCGGUGCCAGCAUGUCGUUGUCGCCCCGGGCCCCAUGUUGCGGGCUCGCUUUCGCCAGAUGCCUUGUACACUUCGAAAUUCUGUGAUGUGUUUGCUGGCCUCCUGCAGCUGGCGGUUGGCCAAUCUGGCCUCUUACUUGAGCAUGCUCUUCCACUGCAGAGUUCGCGGCAUUCUGCCGUCGCAGCCGCUGGGCGGCAGCCGCGAUUGUCAAAAUUCCAGCCGCAGAUCGCCGAGUUUAAGUGCCAAGCCACGGUCCGUGAGUUUCCGUGGCCCCUUCCUUUGGAUAAUAAGGGCAAUCUCACCUGUGCCGUAGGGUCGAUCCCUCCUGGCUCCCGCCUUCUUCGCGUUGUGUGUGAUCGGGGGGUCGUCGGUGCGAAACAGGUCGGAAGCCUGUCAGGUGUGCCUUCAGCAGUUACCUUUGGCAUUUACCGCACGGAACAAGAGUUUGUGGCUCAGGCAUUGCAUAUCGAUCAUCCCUUCGACUUGUGCGUGGCAGUCCCAGACUUCAUGUUGAGAGCGUUGGCUUUUACCUUGAAAGAGGGCCCGGUUGGUGUGAUGAAGCACCGUCUGAAUUUGCUCCAGCAGUGGACUUCUUGGAAACGCGAUUUGGCUGGUGCCGAAGCAGAGCUGCAUGCUGCCAUGGAUCCUGGUGUGGCUUCUGUUAUGAAGGGCAAGAAUAUUUUGCUUUUGGAAAAAAUUGCAUCGUCUUUCGGAUGGCCUGACACUGAAGUCUUCGAACACCUUAAGCAUGGUUUUCCUUUGGUGGGGGAGUCGAGUCCUUCUGGCAUCUUCGACGUGGACAGAAAGCCGGCUCUGAUGACAAGGGCAGAGCUUGUGCAGCAUGCUAAAUUCCUUAGGCCUGCGCUGUGGGCGAAGGUGGCGAAUGCGGAGGUGGAUGAUUUAGCUCGGGAAGUGUGGGAUUCCACACAGCAAGAGAUGCUAGUCAAGGAGUGGCUAACCGGGCCUUACUCGUGGGACGAGCUGCAAGCCCGUCACCCAGAAGGCUGGCUUCCAGUGCGGAGGUUCGGCAUUGUGCAAAAAGCCAAGACGAGGUCGAUCGACGAUUUGGCCGAGAACUCUGUAAACUGCGCUUACGCUGUUUCCGAUCGGAUUUCUUUGAGGGCCCUUGACGAGUUGGUCUGGCUUGCGAUCACCCUCUUCAAGAUCUUCCUUGCAAAAGGCGAGGUGAGCAUCCCGUUGUCGGACGGUGACCAUCUUCGCUUUCCGGUGCAUUCUUUCUGGAGGGCCCUGAAACCCGAGGCGCUUCAGCCGAGCUUGAAAACAGUGGACUUGAAGAGUGCUUAUAAACAGUUGGCGGUUUCUCCACGAGACCGCUGUCUGAGCAUAGUGGCCAUCAAGGACCCGGUCUCGGGGCUUGCGUUUGGCUUCGAGAGCCGAACCCUUCUGUUUGGGGCCACCUCGUCGGUGGUCUCAUUCAAUCGCGUUGCAAGACUGCUCCAAAGGGUUCUGGUUGCCUUGCAGGUGCUCGCCUGCAACUACUUCGACGACUAUCCGGUGUUGGAGGUCCUGCCGCUUUGCAACAACACGCAGUCAACUAUCAGAGCUGUGCUGGACCUGUUGGGUUUCACAUGGGCAGAAGAUAAGGAUCUUCCCUUCAGCCAUGAGGCUGAGCUUUUAGGCGUUCGGGUUGACCUUGGUUGCUUUGGGGUAGUUAAGAUUGGGAAUAAGCCCGAACGUGCAACUUCCAUUGCUGACGCAGUGGACUCCGUCUUGAAAGCGGGCCAUCUUGAUCCGAAGACUCUGCCAUCAUUGUUCGGUCGCUUGCAGUUUGCAGAGGGUCAGCUUCACGGGCGAUUGGGCAGAUUGGCACUGGCCGACCUCAGGGCGUGCACGAUGAGUUCUCAGGCCAAAACCCUUGAUGCCACGGCUGUGCAGGCCCUUUGUAAUCUUAGGUCCCGGGUUCUUGGGGGUACCCCUAGGAUAGUCCCGGCUUGUGUGGGGUCUCGUCGUUCUGUGAUUUUCACAGAUGGAGCGUACGAGCCGACGAGUGAAACUCACCCCGCCACUGUCGGAGGAGUCUUGUACCAUUUCGACAACGGCGCGUGGUGCACUUUCUUCUUUGCAUGUGCUAUCCCUUUGAGCGUUGUACAGAGCUGGGAGGCUCUCGGGAAAAGGCAUUUGAUAGGCCCAGUUGAGAUGUAUGCAGUGGUAUGUGCGAGAGAAGCUUGGGCAAAGCACUUGGACAUGCAAAGGGUGACCAUGUAUGUGGAUCACUCCGGAGUGUUGGCCUCUUUGGUGAAGGGCUCUUCGAAAGACCCUUUGUGGAGGCAACUCUUGCUGAUCUUUGAGAGCUGCGACGCUGAGGCGAUGCUUCCUUGGUUUAGCCGCGUUCCAAGUGCAAGUAAUCCGGCCGAUCCUCCUUCGAGAGCUAAGUCAAUCUUUCCAGUCAGGGGGCAGGUGUGCAGAGUGUCGCCUCGAUGCCCGAUCAAAGGCAAUGCCACGAUUGAUCUCCUUCUUAAGUGA